GGUCACGUGACUUCGCCGAAAACGAAAAACUAGACUAGAAUUCCACUUCCUCUUUUGAAGGGCCCUUAACAAUGCUUGUCUUUGAUCUCUUCCACCAAUUCAAGUUUCAACACUAGUGCUAAUUGCAUGAUGGACAGAAUGUGACUACAAACUUGGAUAUAUAUUCAACUAAGCUUGGUGCACACUUCAUACAGAGCCAAACCAAUGGCUUCCUCAGGACCAUACUGCUUGGAAUGGACCAUUGACAGGUCACUUACACUUCAAUUGUUUAAUGGUACAGUCAGUGAGUCAAAUCCAGAUGUAAUUGUUGACUGGUUUGAAUCAGACAGACAAACAGAAACAAAGCAUAUGAAAACCACUCCAGGUCAAAUUAUAUCACAGCUUCCAAUUCCUGGAACAAAAGAGCCAAACAACCACACAGUAUUAGCUGCAAAACUUGACCGACUCUUCAAUGAAGUUAACAAAGAUUAUUCCACUAUUGGUUUGGGGCUAGGUCAUCAUAAGGUUUGGGAUACGGAUGCUCUCCUUUUUCUCCUGGUAGCUUCAUUGAAACGUUUUGCCCAUAACACCAAGAGCAGGAAAUUGGGCACUGUGAUUAUCUGUGCAAAUACACCUGAUAGUUUCAAUAUUGCAAAGAAACAUUGUGAAGACAACUUGGGAAGGUCUGGAACCAGUAUUGAAAGAGGUUCUUUGAGUAAACCAGUCACCACAAGUCCAACGCUAAAUAUUAAUGUUAUUCAAGGUCGCCUAGAAGACAACACAGCUGAUGUCCUUGUUUGUACCAUCAGGCCAGACCUUUACACUAGUAUCGGAUUAGUUGGAGCUAUUCAACGAAAAAGCAAGGGUCAGCUGCAGAGAGAUUUGAACUCAAAGUAUAAAGGCAGAAAAUUGAAGUUUGGUGAAAUAGCCACUUUUGAAGGAAGCGGUGAUCUGCAUUGCAAAUAUGUAUUUGUAGGUGCUCUGUCUUCUGAUCAAUACAAGUACCUAGAGUAUGGACUCAAAUCUGUAGAAGAAUUUUGUCGAGACGCUCUUAAUGAUUUUGUCACAAAAUGUCUUCAACAAGCUGAAAAACUUGGACUGACUUCAGUAGCAUUUCCCGCCAUUGGUGAUGGGGUUGGUUAUCCAGUGAAGAUCAUAGCAGAACAGAUGUUUGAGUCAGUGCAAAUGUUUCAGUCAAAUGGAACCAUCAAAACUGUCACAUUUGUAAUAUAUGACUUAGAUCCCAGGACAAUUUAUGAGGAGUUCAAAAAAGCUGAGAGGACAUCUGCAAAAACAUCUACAAUCUACACAGACAGUGCAUCAGCUGAAUGUGUUAGAAGAAAAAUAAGUCAUAUUACAAAUAGAAGACUGACUCCCAGUAGUCCUAAACAAGCAGAAGACCACGAAACGCAAUUUGCACUAAGCUCGGUUGCAUCAGGUAGCCGUGUAAGUUUAGAUAUGAAAAGUAUGAAUCUUAAUGGAAACACAUCAAGCAGCCACAGUUCAACCUUUUCACCUUUAACUGCUUCUCAUUUUGAAGGAGCUAGACCCAAAAGACAGUCAUCUUUACGGUGUUUCAAAACAUUUUAUACACCGCAAGGCAUCCAGGUCAACUUUUAUCAAUGCAAUGUGGUUGAUGCCCCAGCAGAAUGUAUUUGCAUCCCUGCAAUUAAAGAUGUACUAGGUUGUAGCAUUGCUAAUGCUAUUAACGCUGAAGCCGGGAAGGAUCUGUCAAAAAGGGCAAAGGAAAAACUAAAAGCUGAGAAAGGUUUUGAAGUCGGAGAGGUUUGUGACACAGAACCUGGGAAAAUAAAAGGCAAACAACGUAUUGUGCACACUGUUGUUCCAGAGUGGGGGAUUUACAAACCCUUUUCAGAGAGUGAUGUCAUGAAGUGUGAAACAGAGUUUUCCAACUGCAUCGUCAAAUCUCUGACACACGUGGAAAAGCUGAAAAUUCCAACCAUGGCAUUUUCGCCAAUGUCUGUUGGACAACAGAAAAUUCCAAAUGAUCUUUGUGCGGCAAUGUACGUCAAGGCGGUAGAGAGUUAUGACCUAUUGUCAUAUAGUCCUUUGAAGGAAAUAUGUUUCAUAGACAAAGACGAAAAUGAGCUACGCAUCAUCGAAGGUGCUUUUCAUGAUGUCCUGCAAAUGAGGAAACGGCACCCAUCAUGUUACAACAGAGCUGUGCAUAUCAAAAGAGUCAGCUCAACAUCCAACACAGACAGAUAUAAUGUUUCUUCAAGCAGCGGACAAAGUGCCAGAACCAAUGUAGAACCGCAAAUUUAUGAAAGCAGAAAAUCAUGUGCUGAUCAAGAUCCAUCCAAUCCAAAGGUGAUUAACUAUCCCUAUUGGCAUUUUUCAAAACCACCAAAUAAAGUGGUAGCUAGCAAGGAGUUCACCUGCUGGUUCAACAAAAAACAGAAACUGUACGUGUAUACGGAUAAUAUUACAUCUCUUCGAAACAUUGACAUGAUUGUGUGCAAUGAGACACCAAACGGAAAAAGUGAAGGCAAGCUGGUAAAAGCAUUGAGUGAUAAAUUUGGUGCAGGAUACAGAAUGUCCAAAGAGGCUAAAUUCAAGGGAAAAGUUGUGUCAGGAGAUGUCAUUUUUUGUGAAGCACCGGUAUUAUCAAAACCAAAAUGGAUCGCACAUGCUGUGCUUUACCUGAAGAAAGAUAAAAAAAAUGAGGAGGAGCGCCAAAUGAAAAUUGCAGAAAUUUUUACAAACAUUUUUGAGCAAGCCAUUUUGAAAGGCUGCAAGUCAAUUGCCUUGCCAAGUCUUGGAUCGGGUAAAGGACAAGCGGACCCUGUAUACUACACGGAACGACUUUUUGAGGGUCUUCUUAACUUCUGUGCCUUUAAAAAGCACACGGACAUCUUUGUUCACCUUGUAAAUAUCAACCCAGCCAUAACUGAUAAGGCUAUUUUAACUGUGAAGAAAAAUGCUAACCAAUCACCAAACGUGAAUCAGUUUGUCCAGCCCAAAGCAAGACUGGAAACAAGGUUACCUGAGUGGCCAAAAGGUACAUCAAGUACAGACCUGACAAGCAAUGAUCAUGGAACAAGCAACAAAAAAUAUCCAGAAAGCAAAAAAAAACUUGACUUCAGCAGUAGCAUUCAUGCAGCAACAUCAGAGAAAAGACCACCAACACAAGAUACCAACACAAUGACACAAAAAGAGCCUAGAGCAGACAUUAGGCCAGCACCAACAGGAAAUCUCAAAAUAUAUGAUGAUGAAGGUAUUACGAAAAAUCCCCCAAAAAAAAACUACAAUUCAAAAGAAAGAGACUACAAAGAUGAUGAUGACAAUAGUGAUUUGGAACAAAGUGACAUUGACGAUGAAGAGAAUGAGGAAGCUUUUCGUCAACGAAACAUUUCUCAGCCAGAAGAAACUGAGGAAAUAUGUGUGAUCUGUAUGGAAACUGUUAAAAAGCAGAAGACUUUGCCCUGUGGACAUGUGUUUUGUGAGAAUUGUAUUGAGCAACAGUUUACAUACAAAGAGGCGUGCCCAACGUGUGGACAAGUCGUUGGGACAAUCGAGGGAGACCAGCCAGAUGGAACGAUGACAAUAACUAUUGAUGAUUUAACACACUGUGCUGGUUUUGAACAUGUCGGACAAUUUAUUAUAACAUACAGUUUUGAAAAUGGAAAGCAAGGGCCAAGCCAUCCUAACCCUGGUGCCAUAUACAAAGGCAUAACAAGAAAAGCAUUCUUACCAAAAAAUGAAAAGGGAAAGAGAAUUUGUAAAAUGUUGUGGGUUGCUUUCGAACGAAGACUUGUCUUUACAGUUGGGAGUUCACGAACCACGGGGAAGGAAGGGGUCAUCACUUGGAAUGACAUACACCACAAAACUGACCCCAAGCCAAACUCACAAUUUGGGUAUCCAGAUGAUUCCUAUCUAGACCGUGUGACAGAUGAACUUAAGGCUAAAGGCGUAACAGAGGUUGACAUCGUGGAAGUUCCUUUGGAGAACAUUGUACGCAGGGAAAGGCAACACCGACGUUAAUACCAGCAAGCAAGUAGUGGCUUCGCUGUUGGAAUCACAAUUUGGUUCACAAAAACAAUACAAAUAAUUGAAUAAAAUGUGUAUUUAGGUAGUAUAUUGACAGACUUCAACCACAACAAGUUUGUGUCGUCUCAGCUAGCAAUAAGAAAUGACUUGAAGAUCUUUUAUUAAUACAAGUAGCAUAGACUUUUAAUGUAGACAUGGAAGGCUUUUAGAGAGUGAAUUAUUUUAUGUGGUGCCUGUUUUGUGCAUUAUUUUUGUGUCUCCUUUGAAGUAUGACAGACACAGAAAUUACUACGCCUGACAUUGUCCGUGUUUAAGGCAUCACACUCGUUUACGUUUUGUAUGAACAAAUUUUUAAUUGCAUAUACUUCGUGCUAAAUAUGAAUUUGUAUUAUGGUCAGUGAAUGUGCCAUAUUGAAUUUAGGAUCAAUGGGUCCAAGGUCAUGGUGACCUUUACUUGGAAUAUGAUGGAUGCUUUUGUUUCCCAUCAAUAAUUUUUUAACGACUUAUUGCAGUCUUCAACUUUGGGAUACACAUUUGCCAUGGUUACUAGAUGACCUCAAUUGAUUUUGGGGUUAAUAAUUUCAAGGUAAAGGUCAGGGUGAACUCUACUAGAAAACUAUGGGCUCUUUUGAUUUUGAAUAACUUUGUGUAGGCUAUUCAAACUUUGUAUGCACAUUAUCCAUGUUCAGUAGAUGACCUCUUAUAAUUUUGGGGUCAAUAUAUUAUGGUUUUACUAAUAAAAUUAUGGCUUCUUAGCACUUGACAGGCAACACAUCCCUUAAAAAUUCAAGUUAUGUUGUUUACCAGACAUUUAUCAUAAUUAUAUUUCUUCAUGUUUUGUGCAUUUACAUGUUUGUCAAGACCACCACUUCUUGUUAACAAACAUCUGUUUAUGAAUUGAUUUUUGAGUAUUUAUGUUUACAAAUUUUCGCUUUCUGAUUUUUGAAGAAAAAGAUCAAGGUAGUGUCAUAGUCAUGUGCCCCUGGUGGUGGCAUCAUCUUGUGAAAUCUCUUAGCUUGGCCAUAUAUCAAAGAAAGUUCCAUGAUUUUCAUAUCAAACUUGUUGCAAGGGACAUUACGUAUAAUUAUGUGUAAUAGGUAUAUUGAUAUUGGUUGUGUGUUUAAAUAAUUAUGCCCUUAUUUAUGGGGAAAACAUAAACAAAUGUUGGCGUUCUUUCUGCCGACUACUCUGUUUUAAUAGGCACAUCGAUCUUGCUCGAAGAGCAUUUAGAUAUGCCCUUAUUUUACCGGAGAAACACAGACCACUGUGGGUGUGGCUCUGCCGCUCGCUAUAAGGCAUAUCAAUCUUGCUUUACAAGUGUUUAUUAAUGCCUGUUAUGUUACUGUUAACCGGAUGGGCCGAUUUGUGUAAGGCUCUAAUUUGUUUAGGUAUUAUUUUUGUCAAGUAUUAGCUUUAGUUUCAAAAUAGCAUUAUUUAUAUGGAAAUUGUAUUUUAGUUAUGUGAGUUUUGGUAGAUCAAAGUUAUUGAAAUCGAUAAUGUUUAGGGUACUUAUAUGUUUCAGUUUUUCAGUGUAAGAUCGCAAUGUAUUUUACUGAGUAACACCAAAAGUUAUAUUUCACGAGUUGCAUGGUGUUCAUGAUGUGAAAUAUAUUGCAAUCUUUCAAUGGAACAAACAAUUUUUAUUUUAAUUAUAUACUUAAAAAGGAUUUUAAAUGACUGUUGGAACAGUGAAAUAUCAUUGUCAUUUCACUCAGAUAUCUAUAAACCACCGGAAAACAUAUAAUAAACUAUAUGUUUGUAUAUAAAUUUGUAUUUGAGUUUGUUGUUAUUUAUUACUUUUUUAACCUGACAUUCUUUUAACUCUUUUUACCUCUGCAAUGUAAAUAUUUCACUUUUGAGCUUGCAUUUGACACCCUUAAAGCUGCACUCUCACAGAUUGACAAUUUUGACUGUUCAUUUUUUGUCCCAGAAUCAGCUGAUUUUGGAUCACUGCCUUCAAUAAAGUCAUAUACGCUCACUUGACACAAUAGAACAUCAAUUUUCGGGCAUAAAUAUUAAAAACUGCAAUCUGAUCUUUUUUCAGCAGUCUUUAAUAUAUAUAUUCACUCGUUUCCAGACAUUUAUGUAAAAUUUGUCUCAUUUCAAGCCAAAAAAAUAAAAAAUUGUUAAAAUGGUCAUCUGGGAGAGUGCAGCUUAAAAAUGCCCCAUUGUAUUAUUCAGUGUCAAACACAGAGUGUAUUCUUCAUCAGGUUUAUCAUAUUAUUUUGUCGUCUUUACAAUGCAUAAUAAAGAAUUUUCUCGGCACCCCAGCAUAUUUAUAAUAACCUAUGUUAUACCCUGGGCAAAUUAGCUAGGGAAACUUCGUAAAUUGAAUUGAAUAUUCAUAUGCAUUUUCCCAUCAAUAUCCUGCUUAAAACAAUUUGUAAGCCAUGAUCUGAUUGGAUUAUUUCAAACCGAGAUUACAUCCAUAACUUCUCUGCCAUUUUGGCACAGCAUGAGGUGUGUCUCAUGCGACCAAUCAAGCGGCUGGAUUUUAUGCUAUUAAUUAUACAUGAGUAUAAGAUUCUUACAGCUGAUUUGCCUAGGGUAUCAUAUAGGUUAAGAUAUGCUUGGAUGCCGAGGAUGAAUAAAGAGAGGGUGAAAGUGAUCUAGUGUUAAAGGUGUCCGACCACCUCUCACCCAAGAGGUUGUGGGUUCAAUCCUUAUAAAGGUUACUUUUGUUUGGCUUCUCAUAAUGGACACUAGAACUUAGGUUUCUAUCUAUGAAAUGGACACGAAAGUAAUUCUUUAAGCUACGGUAUAAGUUUUCGUCACCAUCAAGCUUAAAGAAAUUUGUUUAAACUAAACUUAACAAUUAUUGAUUAUUAUAGUUAUUAAAAGCAGAUAUAAUUACACCCGACAGAUAUACUAAAGUAUAUGUAAAGGUUAUUAUAAUAUACCGGUAUACAUUGAGUCAUGAUUGUUCUUUUGUAUUCACAUUUUUUUUUAUAACUGACAAUACAGAAAACUUUGGGCAUAACAAUUACUGUUUGAAUUGUUAAAACUAGUUCCUUAGUCAUUAAAGCUCUCACAGAUUGAACGUUAUGACAACUUUUUUGUUUUUUGUCUUGGAAUUAGCCAAUUUUUGCGAAAAUUCAUGGAAGCUAGCUAUAUAAGACUGCUGACAAAAAAUUUCAGUCCAAAAAUUGAUCUUUUAUGCAUUUUUCUUAAACCGUUAGUAAACCUGUUUAAGCCAUAAAACAUGAAUUUUCGAUCGGAAAUAUGAAAAUCUACAAUCUGAAUUUUUGUCAGCAUCUUAUAUCAUUGAUUAGCAGAUAUUUACGCAAAAAUUUGCUCCUUCCAAGACAAAAAAUAAAAAAGUUGUGAAAAUGGUAUAUCUGUGAGAGUGCAGCUUUAAAGCAACAUGGCAAGAAUGUUGGACUUAAACACACCAAUAGUUAGUUUUAAGAGUUGGAAUUCUAUGCUGUUUAGUUUAUGAUUUUGCUUCUGUUGUUUUUUAAAUCUGAAAAUAGACCAUUAUUUAUAUUUAGACAAUAUCUUUAGUAAACAUUUCCUGCCUAAACUUACCAAAACUUAAUUAAGAAAAAAUAUCAUUAUUCUAGCUGCAGUUUGAUUAAAAUCUGCAUAUUUUCCACCGAAUCGGCAUGAAAAUUUGUCAGAUUGUUACCCCACAGGAUAUACAUUUUUAAUAAGAUCGUCUCUGUUUUUUGCUUUAUGUGUUGUUUUUUUAUUACCAUGACUAAGUAGCCUCUUAGUAAUGACAUGAUUACCGAUGUAACAUCAUCACAUUGUCAUUUUUAUUGACCGACUCGUUCCCACAACUUGGUAUGUAGUGGCCAAGACAUAUUCAGUCGUUACUACGAUAUAUGCGGGAAAUGUGACUAAGUCGCUGCCACUAGAUAAAAAAAAUAGCACACAUGUCACCUGUAUACCAACAUAGUCAAGCACAUUUGUUUUUAAGUAUAGAUAAUAUAUUAGAGAAUAUUUCAGAGUGUUAGGUAUUAUGUACACUUAUGUAUGAGGACUUUGAUUGGAAUCAUCACUUAUUUUUAGUCUCCUUUUUAUCCAGAAAAAUGUUUUAAAGAUGUGUGAAAUAUGAAAAUCUACGAUCUGAUUGUUUUGUCAUUGGGUCUCAGAUAUUUAUGCAAAAAUUUGCUCUUUCCAAGCCAAAAAAAUAAAAAGGUUGUAAAAAUGGUAAAUCUGUGAGAGUGCAGCUUUAAAAUAUGUUUAAGAAAUGCUUAACAUCAAACAAUACGAGUAGAUAAAAACAAUUGCAUGGUUUAUAUAAAAAGAUAAUGAAACGGCGCAUUAGAAUGCAGAAUUCUUAUAUUGCCUUAUUUAAAAACAUGUUGCUACCGUUCUUUUGUAGUCUAAGGGAGGCCACUGUGUAUGAGUUUGGUGGAUUCAUAUUAAUAGUUGACUGUCGCCAUUUUGAUCCCCAAGUAGUUGAUUCGUAUUGUGUAGUUUUAGUUGAAUUACAUUUUUUGUACCGAGAAAUAUGUUCUUAUUCCACUUGUUUUGGAUUAUACACAUUUAAUGGAAACAGUCAAUAUUUCAUCAGCCAGUACCCUUUUUGAAAGAAAAAUACGAAAUUAAAACCACUGUAAUGUAAAGUUGGCCUCGACCUUUAGUUUUGUGUCUGUUGUAAUAUGGACAAGGAGAAUGAAUCAAAUAGCAGUUUACUGUUUCUAUCUGAAGAUGAGAAAAAAUCAGUUAAGAAACCCGUUAUUCUGUCAGACGUGGAACGAUCCGGUUUCAAACAGUACCCUUCUACGACGCAGGCUGUCGCCAGAGCGAGAUUCCAGAUGAUGGAUUUCGAUCAACCAGAACUUCAGGAAAAACCUAAAAUUUGGAAAGCUUUUCCGCUCACACUGAUAGGUAUAGCAUCUUGCCUUGGAAUUUUAGGAUAUGGCACGCUGCGUAAAGGAGGCAGAUUUUCUGACCAGACAAUGCUGAACAUCAGCAUGGCAGCCCAGAUUGCAACUGUAGCAUCCCUGUUUGGACAUUUGGGUUAUUAUGAAUACAAAGUUAGAAAGCUUGCAGAUUUGGCUGAAAAUGAGAAGAAUGACAAUGCGGAUGCUUCCUCAUGAAAGCAAUGUGAUGCUAACAUGCUAAAUUGCUUAAUACCAUAUUACAGUGAUCAAUUCUUUAACUACAUUAUGCUCAUCAAUCGUGCUGCUACAUUGAUAUAGUUUUGUUAACUUAUGUUUUAAGUUUUAUGACUGUGUACACUGUUCUUGACGUCAAUUAUUGUUUAGUUGGCAUUAAAUGUCAAUUUACACUGUUUUUAUAUUCCCAUUCGAAUAUUGGGAUGUACCAUAGUUUCCACCUGCAGACUGGGCUUUAUUUGGGCAUCCAAUAAGUUGUCUGGUCAUUAACCUUUGAAGAAUUUGUCCAAUCAUCACCAAAUUUAUUCAGAUAUUACAGGCAAUCUGCAUAACAUCUCAGACAACUUCAAUAAUCAGUCAUAUUGCUUGAGUCACUCGAGAGCUGGUGCCCUUUAUUCAUAAAAUUUAACUUAAUUUGUUGAUAAAAUUGAGAAGCCUUUGUCCUAAUCCCUUCAGAAUGGGAUAAGAAUAAUAAAUUUAAGACAAGUAGACCAGCCAUAUCACUCCAGUCACUCAAGAGUUAUUGCCCUUUUGAUUAUAUAGAAAUUACCUGAAAUUGGUCUUGUUUGAUCAAUAUCUUUAAUUGCCUUUGUCAAAAAAUGUAUUUACAGUGCUAGCUCUCUAUUUUUAGCUUUAAAAACACACAACCAAUUAGCAGUGGUUGAAAUUAACACAAAUUCUGAAUUUUAUAUAGCAGGGUUUGUUCAAAAGUUGAUGACAAGCAAUAAUAUAUAAAAGAAUUCGGGCUUGUUCAUUCAAAAGUCUAAUUUCAAUGUCUUCCACUUGUCACAAAACAUGGUUUCCUAAAAAUUGGAUGGACAUAUUUUGGACAGAUGGCGCUCUUGUUAUAUAUGAGAAGUUAUUAAACAUGUUAAUUCUA